GGAGUGGGCGGGGCUGAAUGCAGAAUGAAGGGUGUGAAGCUUCUCCUGUGUCACAUUCAGAGGCGACCGGUAAAAGUCACAAGAAGUCCAGGGCGCAGGGCACAGGAGACGACAUGAGUGGAGGGUCUCGCCAUCAAUCCUCGACCCCUGUGUGGACUCCCCUUUUCUUGAGUCUUGGGGGGAUCUGGUUGCUCUACUACUGGACACAGAUCUGUCGGAGACCUCGCCUUGUGUCCUCGGGGCUUCUGCGCCGGUUCCUAGAGUCUCACUGCCCAGUAGUGAUGGAAAAAUUCUGCCCAACCUUCUGGUGUCCUGGAGGGAGAUUACAGACCAUUGUCAGGGUCAUGUUGGCCUCCAGAAAUCACAAACUCAAAGUCUCAUACAGGAAUGAGAUCAUCAGCACGGAAGAUGGUGGACAAGUAUCUCUGGACUGGAUGGACAAUAAUGAGAGCCCUCAGUUCCCAGACGCUGCCUGGCGUCCCACUAUUAUCCUACUGCCGGGCCUUACAGGAAACAGUCAGCAGUCCUAUAUGCUGCACUUGGUGGCACAAGCCAAGAGCGAUGGCUACAGGUGUGUUGUGUUUAAUAACCGCGGCUUUGGUGGAGAGAAGUUGCUGACUCAUCGCACUUUCUGUGCAGCCAACACAGAAGAUCUGGCCCGGGUGGUCAGCUAUGUCCAUAGCCGCUUCCCAGCUGCUCCUCUAAUGGCUGUGGGGGUGUCACUUGGAGGGAUGAUGUUGUUAAAUUAUUUGGCUGCCACUGGUCACAGAUGUCACCUGCGUGCAGCACUGGUCUUCUCCACUCCAUGGAAUGUUUUUGUGUCCACCAAGUCCCUGGAACAGCCAUUGAACUACUGGUUAUUUAAUCGCUCGCUGGUCACCACACUCCGGAACACAGUGGACAAGUUCCGUGAUGUCAUUAGUACUGUUCUAGACGUGGACCAUAUCUUACAGUCCUGCUCCAUCCGGGAGUUUGAUGAGCGUUACACAUCCGUGGUGUUUGGUUAUGACUCGUGCGAUGAUUAUUACCGCGAUGCCAACACUUACGACAAGCUGCAGAAGAUCAAGACACCUGUGCUGUGCCUCAAUGCCGCAGAUGACCCUUUCUCUCCAGGUGAAGCCCUUCCCCUGGAUGAAGCCUCCUCCCAUCUUUACGUGGCUCUUCUGGUUACUGCUCAUGGUGGACACAUUGGCUUCCUGGAUGGUCUCUUUCCGAAUCACCAGCGGUACAUGAAUCGUGUUUUUUCACAGUUUGCGGCUGCUGCACUCCAGCAAUGUGACGAACUCAAGAACAUUACCAGUAAUGGACUAAAACACUAAUCAAAGUCAUAAACUCAUCAAAUAGAUACCUCAGACACCAUGAAUGAAUUUUCCAGAACGGGCACAAACUAAGACUCUACUCUUGCAGUAAACGAUUGAGGGCACAGGGGCUCCAGGCACAGGAGGUACCUUGUGAACUGUGGUUCAACUCUAGCACUUUUCUCCAUGCACUACGGUGGGGUCAGUUACUUUAUAAAUGUUCUCGCCCUGGUGGAACUGACGGACAUCUGCUUAUGAGGAGGUCCUCAGAAUAUCUACAGCCUGUGUCCCCUCUAUAUGUAUUGGGAACAGAUCUAUAGACAUGAAGGUAAAACAUCCUAGCCCAGUGUUCCUCAACUCCAGUGCUCAGGGCCCACCUGCUGGUCAUGAUUUGAGAAUACCCCAAGAAU